AUGUAUCUUACAGGUCCUCCACGAUUGCCAAUAUGGGGAAGCUAUUGGCUAAUUUUAUUAGCAAAUUACAAAUUCCUGCACAUAGCGUUUAUGAAAAUAGCAAAAUUGUACAAAUCGAAGAUAAUUGGAUUUUAUGCCGGAGCCUUUCCGGGAGUGAUAGUUCAAGAUUAUGAGACCGUCAAAGAAGUAUUGAACAGGAGGGAAUUCGACGCCCGGAUGGACAUAAUUAUAGCCAGGAUGAGAGACCCCAGCCACAAUACAAGAGGCAUAUUUUUCACUGAUGGUCAAUUUUGGCACGAGCAGCGACGUUUUGCUUUGCGUUACAUGAGAGAUUUCGGAUUUGGGAGAAGGUGUCCAACAUUAGAAGCCAUGAUUAACGAGGAACUGAACGAUCUGAUUAAUUUAUUAAAGAAUGGACCCAUAGAAAAAGAUGAGGAUACAGUUUGCAAAAAUGGAUUAGUUUUAAUGCCGGAUAUAUUCUUUGUGGCGUUCAUGAAUUCUUUCAUGGCAGUAUUUUCGCGUGAAAGAUGGCCCAGAAGCAAACAUCAUGAAUUGAUUCGAGUAGCCAGAGGCGCAAUGAUCUUCCAAAGAGCAGGAGAUGACAUGGGCCGUGCGCUCUCUCAGACUCCUUGGUUAAGACAUUUAUUACCAAAUUUUUCAGGAUAUAAUGAAUUAAAAGAUGGUCAUGAAUUUAUAUAUGAUUUCAUGAAGCAAUGUGUGCAGAACGUGGUGGACACACAUCAGGACGGCGAUGAAAGAAACUUCGUUGAUAUAUAUUUGAAUGAAAUGCAUAAAAGGCAGCAGGAUCCAACGAUUGCAGAAAAAGACGGCAUCUCAUUUUCAAUUGAUCAGCUUAUAUUAGUAGGAGUCGAUUUUCUAUUUCCUACAACCACAGCUAUUGGUGCUCAAUUAUCAUAUUUAUUUUUCCAUCUGAUGUACAGACCAGAUGUCCAAGAAAAAAUCAGGAGGAAAUUGAGAGGGUCGUCGGAAGGGGCAGGCUGCCAAAUUUGGAUGACAGGCCACAGUAAUUACAUUUCCACAUAUUAA